CGCGCUUCCUUAUUUCCGUGUUGUGUGGCUGUCAGCAGAGUGAGGCGGAUCGUCAGACACGAAAAGAACCAAAGAAGAACAAUAAAAGAUGAAGAACAAAGUCAGCAGCACUCAAGUGAGUGUGAAGCGGCGGUCCUGGUCCUGGCAGCAGUACCUGAACGAACAGAAAGCUGAAGCUGCUCCUCUGUCGCUGUUUACACAGUCCCAGUCUUUUCCUAGUUGGAGAACUGGUUUUAAAGUUGGGAUGAAGCUGGAGGGCAUCGACCCACUGCACCCCUCCAUGUUCUGUGUACUGACGGUUGCUGAGGUGAUUGGCUUUCGGCUCCGUCUCCAUAUCGACGGAUACUCAGAGUGCUAUGACUUCUGGGUAAACGCUGAUUCAGCAGACAUCAGACCAACAGGGUGGUGUCAAGAAAACAAUCGCAAGCUCCACCCACCUAAAGGCCACAGUGAGACAGAUUUCGAUUGGGAGGUCUACCUUCAGUCCACAGGGUCUCAUGCUGCUCCGCCCACCCUGUUCACCUGUCGCACUGCAAGCUGUGGGUUCAGUGUGGGGAUGAAGUUGGAGGCGGUCGACAAAAAGAACCCCGGGCUCGUUUGCGUUGCCUCCAUCGCUGAUGUCAUCGAGGACCACAUCCUGGUUCACUUCGACAACUGGGACGACACAUACGACUACUGGUGUGACAGCAGCAGUCCAUACAUCCAUCCUGUGGGCUGGUGUGAACAACACGGACGACCUCUGACUGCUCCACAAGGUCACCCCAACCCAGAGAAUUUCGUGUGGCAGGAAUACUUACAGGAAACUGGUUCCACAGCCGCUCCCAGUUCAGCUUUCACAUUGAGAGCUCCACACAAUUUCCAAGUUAAUCAGAAACUGGAGGCGGUUGACCGGAGGAAUCCCAUGUUAAUCCGAGUCGCCACAGUAACAGAUACAGAAGACUACAGAGUGAAGGUUCAUUAUGACGGCUGGUCGCAGCAGUUUGACGUCUGGUGUGACAGCGACCUCUGUGACCUUCACCCUGUCGGCUGGUGUCAACGCACAGGACACUCGCUGGAGCCCCCACCAGGUUCCUCCCCCCUGUCCUCCCCCUCUCAGGGUGUCUGUCCCACUCCAGGCUGCAGAGGGGUCGGACACAUCAAAGGAGCCAAAUACACCGGACACCACAGUGCCUUCGGCUGUCCGUACUCAGACAUCAAUAUGCGUAAAGAGGUGGUGCUUCCUGAUAGGCUGGGAGGAGAGAAAGUCGUCACCCUCGUACCUGUCACCAUUUAUCACCAUGGCAACCAAUCGGACAGGAGAAGUGUUCAGGUGAAAACUGAGCCCAGGGACGAGACUCUGCUGCUUCCUCUGGGGAAGAGAAGAAGACUGACAGACAGGCUGUCCCAACCAACCAAAUUCCUGCGUGUGAAACAAGAAGAGGAGGAGCUUCACAUCCGAGCCCUCGGCCCAGCAGAGUCCAGUAUGCAGGCUGCCCUCCACCAGUCUGUCUUCCUGUCAGCCAUGUCGGCGCAGCCUGGCCGCGACCUGUCGCUUUGCUGGGAGCAACACCGCAAACUGCUGCCAGGUGUGGCUGGAGUCCAGGCCGAGACUGUCCAACACUGGAGCAUCCAGCAGGUGUCAGACUUCAUUGAGUCCAUUCCCGGCUGUGAGGAACACGCCAAACAGUUCAGAGACGAGCAAAUCGAUGGGCGGGCCUUUCUCCUACUCACCCAGCGGGACAUUGUCAGGAUCAUGUCAAUCAAACUUGGCCCCGCCCUCAAAAUCUACAACUCCAUCCUGAUGUUCAAACACGCCGAGGACAGGAGCCAAUCACAGGCUGCUGUAGACAGCAGCCAAUCACAAGCUGCCGAGGACAGGAGUCAGUCGCAUGUCGCCGAGGACAGGAGUCCGUCACAUGUCGCCAAGGACAGGAGUCCGUCACAUGUUGCCGAGGACAGGAGUCCGUCACGUGUCGCCGAGGACAGGAGUCAGUCGCAUGUUGCCGAGGACAGGAGUCCGUCACGUGUCGCCGAGGACAGGAGUCAGUCGCAUGUUGCCGAGGACAGGAGUCAGUCACAUGUUGCCGAGGACAGGAGUCAGUCACAAGCUCAGGAAGGAAACCAAUCACAUGCUGCAGAGGACAGGAACCAAUCACAUGCUGAGGAAUCCUCUGUUCUGUGGGAGGGGCUUCAUUGUCCAUCCAAUGACAUUUAAAUUUCUGAUGUCACACCUCUAAUCUCAGGUGUUCCUGUCGGCAGGUAGGCUUCAGUCACGUGACGUCAUGCUGGACGUUCAUCACACAGAAGCAAACGAGACAAACACAAGCACAAAAGUUUGUUGAGUCACCUGUGAACACCUGAGCUCCAUUUCAGGCUCAGUCUCUUUGGAGGGCGGGGCUUAAUGCAGGUGAACUCUACUGAGACUGGACUCACCAAAACCAGGACCAUUGUGCACAGGAUCCUGGGAGGUUGAGGCCUAAGAGACACAGCUGGUACGCAUGUGUUCAGACCAGACAGGUGGGCCUGAAAUAGGACCCAGGUGUCCUCGGUGGCAUCGUUAGCCACAAAAUGAAGAAAUUAACAAAAAGUCGUUUUAUUUCGUUUACAAAAAAAAAAAAUGAAAAAAUAAAUUUGUGAAAUCACUCCGUAAACACGGCUGCUGCCAUCUGAUUGGCUGAGACCUUAAAACACACUAAAAACAUAUCAUAGACAAUUUAUAUCUAAAUUCUAAACCUCCAACAGUAAUAAUUCAGAGACGGGAUGUUCCCGUGUGUCCGACAUCUCUACAAACAUGUUGCAGGCGGUGAGGCUCUGAGUUCCCGUCAACACCCAAACAACAAGCAACGAAAUCAGUGUUAAUCAAUUAAAUGAAAAAGUCUUGUAUGUAUACACAGAGGCACAAUACAUUUACUAAAAACAAAACAGAUGUCUCAUAAUUUUGAGUAAACAUCUUAAAACACUGAGAAAUGUCCAAUAAUAUGUUUAAAGUAGGGCUGUCAAAUAAUUAAUUUAUUAAAUCGCCAUUGAUGGCUGAGUUUCAGUCAUUAAUCUCGAUUAAUCACAUUUGUAAUCCCAUGUUUAAAAUUCCAAUAUUUUGCAUUUGGUAACAGUUUGAAGUCCAUAUUAACAAGGUGAAAUAAUGCUGACCAGAGUGUUUUGAUUGGGAAUCAAAGAAAUUGACUUUAUGAUCUCGACCUUUAGAUUUUUGUCUUUCACACCAGAGCUGCUCUGCUACAACAGUGAGGUCUGAAAGCAUGAACCACUUCACAGAGCUGAUUCUGUCAGAUACACUGUUUGUGUGUUUGUGUGUUUGUUUGUUUGUUUGUUUGAAAGGAUCAAACUGUUCCAGUAGAGAAAGUGCAGUUACUCUGAUAUAAUUCUGACGACUCACUGACGUCCAGUGAUUCGGUUCAUGUGACGGCGUCGUCACUUUUCAGGAGUUCCAGUUUAGUAUCUGUCUCUGAUUCGUACAGGUCCUGUAAGUGUCAAACUAUUGUCUCCCCAACAGUGAGACAUAUGACUGGUCACAACAUGUCCACCUGAGGACGUCCCUUAAUACAUCAUAUACCUGUGUGUCUGUGUCGCUCUGCAGUUACACCUCCAAAACACUAGAGGGCAACCUCACAGCAACAGUGUCAAACACAAAUCAGCUUCACUAUAACUCGCAGCAUUCACAGACAAACACUUGUCUUUAUCUGGACACAUUUUCCCCUCAAAUACAACAUGCUAACGUUAUUAGCACAAGCCUAUGGCAUUUUACAUUGUAUAAAUUAGCCUAGCAGCUAGCAGAGAUUUCCUCUGCUCAUAUGAAGCCAGGGACAACAGCAGCAUGUAACAAAGGCAACGGCACAUAAUUUGACUCCAUUACAACUCACAACAUUCACCGACAAAACAACUGUCUGAUACUAAACACGUUUUAUAAACAAAUACAACAUGCUAACGUUAUUAGCACAAGCCUAUGGCAUUUUACAUUGUAUAAAUUAGCGUAGCAGCUAGUGAAGUUUUCCUCUGCUCACAUAAGUCCAGGUCUGCAGUCAGUGUGUGUGUGAUUUAGUUUGAUCCACAGGUCUGUGGUGAUUGUCUCACUCUUAAAUAGUGCUAUAUCGUCUCAGGCGAUGUAGUCACUCGCUGACAUCAGUCUGAUCAGCUGAUCACCUGUGAGCUCAGAACUUGAGUGACAUUUGACUUCAGUUUGACUGGAGGUGCAGGUCACUGCUGACUGUCAGCUGAGCCGUCUGGAGCUUUAAAGUGAACUGAGACGUUCAGAAGCUCAGUGGUGUCUUAUCUAACAUUACUGCUGUAGCAGGAAGCUUAACUACAAGUAAGGGUGCACCGAAGGGACAAAAUAGCAGCAUGCAAAUAACCCGAUUUUAAAAAAAAAGAAUCGCAAUUACCGCGGUAAUGUUGACAGCCCCAGUUUAAAAGUCUCAUCAUAACACCAGUCUGUCUCAUAACUGCCUGACAAGAUCUCAUAAUUGUGAUAAAUUAAUGAUCUUAUGUUUAGGACACAUCUUACAGAAGUCUCAUUUUCUUUUUAUAACAAGAAGUCUUAUGAUUACCUUUAAGUGUCUCAUGCGUCUAAUUAAAACUCAUAAUUACAAAGAAAACUUGUGAUAAAAUUCCGACGAUUACGAGAAAAGGUCUCGUAUCAUAACGAGGCGUUUUUCAUGGUCAAAGCGAGAAAUCAGAAUAAAAACCAAGAAAAGGUUUUUUUCUCUGUUGAAUUCUUCUUCCUGUCGUAUUAAAGUUUCAGCGUGUUUUUUUUUUUUACGAGUGUAAGGGCUCAUGCGUAAUCAGCACAUGGCUUUGGAACACGAAAUAGUCGAUGACAUCACACUGUGGCUCCGCCCCCUUUAAAGACAUUUUUAAAAAUGUGACGUCAUUUCCUCCUCAGGAUCCUCUCAGGAUGUUACUUUGCAGACUUUGUUCAAUGAAGUUUCGUCACUUUGUGGACAAGACAGAUGGUGACAUCAUCCCAAAGUGCCGCCUCCGCUGGUGGUGGAUUUUUGAUGAUUGGUCAGUUUCUGACAGCAGCGCUCUGAAAAGAUAAAAGAAGACGACAUCAGCUUUCAGGACCGACGUUUUUAAUUCCAGAGUUUAUAUUUAUAAUUUUAUUCUCUAUUAUGAAGAGUAUCGACUGUGUCUCUAUAGAUUUCUAUUUGAAGUUUAAAUAUAUAUUUGUAUCUGUGUGUUUCUCUGCCUCAUUCAGUCCUGCUGGGAUCCAAACCGACAACCUGUCAGGAAGUCUGACUUCCCUCUGACUCCUCCCCCUUGGUGAUGUCACUAUGAUGUCACACUGAGUGCUGCAGGGGUGACGUUUAUUGUAGGUUGACUCUGAGGUCAGUGUCGUCCUGGUUUCCUGGUCAAACAGUCAGCGGGACUGUUCUGUUGGAUUCUGGAUUAUUACAGAAACGUUUCUGACCCUGACUGGUUUUGUUCAGUGAGAUCAUUUUCACUCAUAAACACCACGUUAUGAUCUUUGACCCUUAAAUUCAGUCAGCAGAAGUAAAAAACCAACGUUGGGCUACAAACAAACUACAGCACGGUCACAUGACUUAACGUCACCACCACAACGAGACCGUAAAGUCGUGUUCAGUGACAUUCUGUAGUCUCAUUCGGACACCUGCUAGUAGCCGUGUUUUUUAAAAGACACAUAAGGGACUCUUAAUUAUUCACGGGGGCUCGGGGGAGGGCACACAUUUAAAUGGUUGUAUUUUGUAUUUAUUUUACCAUCAAAGAAAACAUGCCUUCUAAACCCAAAGACAUGUUUUCUUUAAAAAAUGCCAAAAUGACACAGUUUACAGACAGAAACUGUAAAAGCAGAUUUUCACAUUUUCGGACGGUCCUUGAACACAACAUGAGACAAAAGCUUCUGUAAAAAACAAAAAAGAAAUCUGAUCACAUUUAAGAUUUGUCCAAAAAUAGAGUUAAAAUGAACGGAGGCUUUUUUCAUCUUACGUAUAACUUUUAAAAAUCUAAUAAGUGAUUUAUGUUGGAGGGAGGAUCAAGGAAAAUAUGUGGAGCUUCGGGGAGGGUCACACUGCAGCCUCCACCUCCUCUGAUAAAUAAAGAACAGUCCCUUAAAGCUUGUGUGACAGUGGAGGACUUAGUGACGUAUUUUAAGUGUGAAAGUCUCCUCAGCUUGUGUUAACCACAGAAAAACACACCGACUGUGAGAUGUGGGAACAGGAAGUGCUGACAUGCUAAUAUGCUAACUCAUCUCUGGGCUUUAGGACUCAUUCCUGCAGCACUCGAUAAAGGUAAAGGAGCUGAACUCAGACCUGCAGGGGGUGCUCUACUGCACAUGCUCAGUUUGUAACAUCUAUACAACAGAGGGUUCCCUCAGGUCGCCAUGGUAACGGCUUAUGAAUUUAAAAAUGUGGGUUGUUUUUAUGUUUCCAACAAUCUGCUGCUGUUUAUGUUCAGUUUUUCCGCCAGUGUUUGAUGAGAUGAAUAAAGUUUCUGAUCUGA